AUGACCAUCGAUCUCACCGAGCCCGGUACAGCACCCAGUCUGACACCAAGACCAACCCCAAUUUGGACUGCUCAACCUAGCCGUCGACCGAUUCCAACAUCUGGCCCCAGUGACGACUCAGGUGAUGAUGGCUCCGACGACGUGCCAGAUACCGUCAGAAAAGCCCAGCAGAAACUCCACGAUGACAUGGCAAAUGGGUCCUCUCAGGAGGAACUCCAGAAUGAUGUCGACAAUAUCUGGUCGGCGGAAGUCGCAGCACAUGAGUCUUGGCUUGCGACGCAGACUUCGGUCUCCCUUCCCUCAGGUUAUCCGAGUGUGUCAGCCUGGCCGGCUCCGUCUGGACAUCCCAAACCAUCUGGACAUCCCAAGCCAUCUGGAGGAUGGCACUUCCCUGGUGGGCAGGGAGGAGCUCGGGUGUCUACUUUUACAACCGAGGUGACUUCUUCGACUUCCUCUGUGGCCGGAGACAGCCAAAUCCGAAGGAAACACCAAACUUUCUGA